AGUGGAAACAGGAGGGGCUCCGGCAAACCGGGUCAGAUUACGUCACCGUGGUGACCGCUGUCUUCAUGCGAUGCGGAAGCGCGCGCCAGUCAGUGCCUUGAGGAUUUCUCACUGGAAUACGCGAUUUGUUGGGAGAGACAAAAAUGUGGCCAAAUCAAGGACCUCCGCCCAAUCCAUCUUGUCCUCCAUAUGUGAACCCUGCCUAUCCAGCCAUGCCCAACCCUGCCUAUCCAGCCAUGCCCAUCCCACAGUGCCCACCUGGUCAAAACCCUAUCUAUCCACCUGGCAUGGAUCAUCCCACAACCAUCCCAUACAUGACACCAAAUCAACAUCCUUUUCCUCCGGUUGCGUCUGGCCCACAUGCACCCUUCCCUGGAGCAGGGCAUCCAUGCCCCAUCCCGCAGCAUGGAUGCCACCAGCCAGGAAUGGACCCGGUAACUGGUCAUAAGAAGCACAAGAAGAUGAAAAAGAUGAAGAAGGGAAAGAAAGCACAUAAAGUUUCCAAGGAACAUAAGCAUAUGAAACAUGGCAAGCAUUCAUCCUCCAGCAGCAGCAGCAGCAGUGAUUCUGACUGACCAUCACAUGAUCAUCACAUCUGCCCUACAUAACUCAGCAGCUCCUGCUUUCCUGCAAUUAGACAUUUUCCUAAUUUCUGCAUGUCAGGGCAAAUAACAGCAAUAAAACAGCAAUAAGAAUCAAAUCCAGAGGGUAAAUUGUGGAUUGUGAUUAUUGGAGCUUUAUACUGUAAUGUAAGCAUUGACUACUGUAGCUAGAACAAUGCAUUACCAGCUACAGAAAAGUGAAAUCUAAUAAACUGCAGUAUGAUCUGAAA